AUAAUCCUUUUCGUCAAACAUAAGAAAACCGUGCGGCAGGGGAACACAUGUGCUAAUAUUAGUUUCAGUAGUGCGAGUGUGUAAGCGGACGUUCUGCGUAUAAGAUGAAGAGCAUAUUGUUUCUAUUGCUGGUGCUGCCAGCUGUUAUUUUCUUCGUGGACAAUGGAAGUCACAUAAUGGUUGCUGCUGAAGAUGAUGAUGCAGAUGAUGAAAUAGUUGAUGUAGAAGGUGAUGGCGAUGAAACUUCUGUGACUGAUGAAGGCAGUGAAGAUGAUGAAGCAUCACCUAGUACGUCUCCUGAUGCAGACACGGUGAUAUUAUUCACAAAGCCAGCAUCUGCAGGCUCUGGAGCAAAUCUGGAGCUCCCAGCUGGAAAUAUUGUAGAAUUUUUAGUUGGUUUCACAAACAAGGGCAACCAGGACUUCAUUUUGGAAACGUUAGAGGCGUCUUUUCGCUACCCAAUGGAUUUUAGUUUCUACAUACAGAAUUUCUCAACUGUGGCUUAUAAUCGUAUUGUCAAGCCAAGUCAUCAAGCAACAUUGUUUUAUUCAUUCAUCCCUGCUGAAGCAUUUGCUGGAAGGCCAUUUGGUCUGAAUAUCAAUUUGAAUUACAGGGAUCUGACUGGAAAUGUCUUCCAAGAGGCUGUUUAUAAUGAGACCAUACAGGUAGUGGAGUUGGAGGAAGGACUUGAUGGGGAAACCUUUUUCUUGUAUGUCUUUCUCGCUGCCUGUGUUGUGCUUCUGCUUGUUAUUGGACAGCAGUUUCUGUAUUCUGUUGGUCGCAAACGUGUUGGAAAGAAGCCAGUUAUUGAGAAGGGUACUUCCAAUCCUAAUGAUGUGGACUAUGACUGGUUACCAAGAGAAACACUUAACAGCAUCAGAAAGUCACCUCGGGUUCCAAAACAGAGUCCAAGAAUGAGGAAAGCUAAGAGAUCUGCUGGAUUUGAUGACUGAAAUGUUUUUGAUGGGAAUGGGAGAGAGGAUGUUGUGGAUAUGCUGCUCAGGUGCUUGACCACCAUCAGGAAAUAAUUUGUCAAUACAAUGUAUUGGUUAUCUUAAGGAGUUUUUUUUAAGACACUGUUCCUGUUUUCAUGUGCGUUCUAGAUUAUAAAUCUCAUUCAUCUCUCAUGCUGUUAGCAUCUCACAAGUCAUAUUCCAUUACAUGUUUGUACUUUGGUAUGAAAAGAAGUUGGAAUUGUUUGAAAAGUAUCAGUAAACAACUUUAUAGGGAAAAGGAUUAACAAUCUUAUUUGUGGUUGCACUAGAACGAACUCGCGGAUGAAUACAAAAUUACCUCUUAGUGUAUUCUUGGCAUGAAAUUUGGUUUGAAAGUUGUUAAUGUAAUCUCUUUUGAUAUAUUCCUGUAUCUAAUUACUAAACCUGGAGUCAAUGCAAAUACGUAUGUCCUGCGUACUUUUGGAGACAAGUAACAAUAUUUUCUACCUUUAUACUUAAUUGAUAUUUAAGCAUUGGUAUGUUCUUGCACUUUGUAUGGCAUACAUAGCAGGUGAAUCUGUGUAACCACUAGUUCUUUAUUUUUUAACUGAGUAGUAGUUUUUGGUGAAGGGCAUGUCAUGCUAGUUAAGUCACAUACAUUUUUCAGGCUGGUAUAACUGAACUGUAGAAGAAAACUCAUAUUUAUAUAUAGACUGUUUUGUGAAUGUAAGGAAGAGGAAGUUGUCAUUUUGUGAUAUUUUAAUGUAUUGGAGUGUUUCAUUGUUUUUUUAAUUUAUGACAUUCCAUUUUUUUAUGCUAGACAUUGUGUGAAUUGAACAUUCUUAAAACUUUUUAGUGCAAUAUUGCCUCCACUCUUAUUGGAAUGACAUUAAAUUGAAAUUGACAUUUGUGGAUGGUGCUUCAGGCAAAUAAAUCUUGUUGGAUGGUUGUUUGA